AUGGCUGCCGUCGCGGGCCAGCUCAGGGAGCUCGGGGACAAGCUCGGCUCCGAGCCGCCGGCCGAGGCCGAGGCGCUCGCCAAGCUCCUCGAGCAAGCUGCGGAGUGCCUACAUGUAAUAGAACAGUCACCAGGGUCGUCGGUGAUGGAAGCUAUCCAACCAUGUCUAACAGCAGUUGUCAGAAAAGAAUUGCUGAAACAUCAGGAUCAAGAUGUUAAAGUUCUCUUGGCAACCUGCUUCUGUGAAAUUACAAGAAUAACUGCACCUGAAGCUCCAUAUAGUGAUGAUGUUUUAAGGACCAUAUUUCGUCUGAUUGUUGGUACAUUUGGUGGACUCGCUGAUGUUAAUAGCCAUUACUUUAGCAGGAGAGUUGCUAUUCUGGAAACAGUUGCAAGAUACCGGGCAUGUGUUGUGAUGUUGGACCUUGAAUGCAAUGAUCUCAUCACAGACAUGUUCCAAACUUUUUUAGAAAUCGUCAGUGAAAAUCAUGAAACAAAUGUUGUGAAAUCAAUGCAGACAAUUAUGGCCCUUAUUAUAGAAGAGAGCGAGGUUAUACAUCAAAGCCUUCUACAUGUACUGUUAUCAGCUUUAGGCCGUAAAAAAACUGGUAUUUCUUUAUCUGCACGUAAGCUGGCUCGGGGUGUUAUAGAGCAAUCUGCAGGAAAACUCGAACCAUACAUAAAGAAGUUUCUUACAUCAUCCUUGGCUGGGGCCAACAGUUCUGCAAAUGGCCACAUUGAUCACCACGAGGUCAUAUUUGAUGUGUAUCAGUGUGCUCCAAGGGUUCUUAAAGUGGUGGUGCCUUAUAUAACUGGGGAACUACUGGCAGAUGAAGUAGAAAUGCGGUCUAAAUCAGUUGAGUUGCUGGGGGAACUUUUUUCUUUACCUGGAGUCCCUGUAUUGGAAUCUUUUAAGUCUCUUUUCAUUGAGUUCCUGAAGAGAUUGACUGACAGAGUGGUAGAAAUACGUCUUUCUGUGAUUGAGCAUUUAAAGAAAUGUCUAAUCUCAAACCAUUCCCGUCCUGAAGCUCCUGAGGUUAUCAAGGCACUUUGUGACAGACUGUUGGAUUACGAAGAAAAUGUACGAAAACAAGUUGUGGCUGCUGUUUGUGAUGUAGCUUGCCAUGAAUUUGGUGCUGUGCCAAUUGAAACUAUCAAACUAGUAGCCGAGCGUGUCCGUGAUAAAUCGCUUCCAGUGAAGUGCUACACCAUGGAGCGAUUGGCUGAUAUCUACAAGCUGUAUUGCCUGAAGGGUUCUGAUAGCUCGACUAAUUCUGAUAAUUUUGAGUGGAUACCUGGAAAAAUAUUGAGAUGCAUUUAUGACAAAGAUUUUAGGCCUGAGUCAAUUGAAUCAGUCCUAUGUGGUUCAUUAUUUCCACCAGAGUUUCCGACAAAGGAAAGAGUGAAACAUUGGGUAAUUGCUGCCACACAUUUUGAUAAAGUUGAGAUGAAAGCUCUUGAACAGAUUCUUCUGCAGAAGCAAAGACUACAACAAGAAAUGUUGAAGUACAUGUCCCUUCAACAGAUAAGCCAGGAAGAUGCAGCUGAUGUGCAAAAAAGAAUCUUGGGAUGUUUCCGGAGCAUGUCCCGUUUGUUCAGUGAUGCGGUAAAGGCUGAGGAGUACUUGAACAUGCUUCAUCAGCUGAAAGAUGAAAAUAUCUGGAAAAUGUUCACAAGUUUGCUUGAUUGCGCAACAACAUUCAAUAAUGCUUGGUCUAUUCGGGUUGAUUUGCUCAAGUCACUUGGUGAAAAACAUGAACUGUAUGAUUUUGUCAGCACACUAUCAAUGCGAUGUUCGUAUCUACUUGUGAAUAAGGAAUAUGUCAAAGAGAUCCUGUCUGCAGCUUCUGAGCAAAAAUCUAUUGGGAAUACAAAACUCAUCUCAUCAUGCAUGGAUCUUCUGACGGCAAUAUCUAGUUUCUUCCCUUCACUUUUAUCUGGAUUCGAAGAAGAUAUCAUUGAACUUCUGAAGGAGGAUAAUGAAGUUCUUAAAGAGGGUAUUGCUCAUGUUUUGUCCAAAGCUGGUGGUAACAUUCGUGAACAACUGGCCUCAUCAAGCUCUGUUGCUCUUCUGUUAGAGCGGCUAUGUUUAGAGGGCACAAGGAAGCAGGCUAAAUACUCUGUUCAUGCUUUAGCCGCUAUAACUAAAGAUGAUGGUCUGAUGGCACUAUCUGUUCUUUACAAGAGGCUUGUGGAUUUGUUGGAGGAGAAGAAAGUUCAUUUACCUUCUAUCUUGCAAUCUUUGGGGUGUAUAGCUCUGAUAGCGAUGCCAAUUUUCGAAACAAGGGGGGAAGAGAUAAUAAGUUUCAUAACCAAAAAGAUUCUUGACUGCAGUGAUGAUAUGGCUAAAGUUUCCGCUGACAAAUCUGAAUGGGGUGAUAGUUCACAUAGUUGUUUGCUCAAGAUUUAUGGCAUUAAAACUUUGGUGAAGAGCUGUCUACCUUGCAAAGAUGCUCAAGUGCAUCCUGGAAUAGAAAAAUUAAUGGACAUCCUUAAGAGCAUUCUUACAUAUGGUGAUAUUUCCCCAAACAUGAUAUCAAGUGCUAGUGAUAAGGCCCAUUUGAGGCUGGCUGCAGCGAAAGCUGUUCUCCGCUUAUCAAGACAGUGGGACCAUAAAGUGCCUGUUGAUGUGUUUUAUUUGACUCUAAGGAUUUCACAGGAUGAUUUCCCUCAAAUGAGGAAGUUGUUUCUCAGUAAAGUACAUCAAUACAUCAAGGAGAGGGCUUUGGACGCAAAAUAUGCCUGCGCCUUCUUGAUAGGCAUAGACGAUUAUCAUACACCACAGUACGAAGAGUUCCAACACAACCUGAUCGAAGUGUCACAAAUAUGCCAACAAGUUAAGAUGCGUCAACUAUCUGUCCAAGCGGAUGUGAAUUUGCUCACAGCUUACCCAGAAUAUAUUAUUCCAUAUCUGGUUCAUGUCCUUGCUCAUGAUCCUUCAUGCCCUAACAUUGAGGAAUAUGAGGAUGUCAAAGCUUUUGCUCCAAUUUACUGGCCAUUGCAUCUACUUCUUUCAACCCUCCUGGGAGAAGAAGGUUUGCAGUAUAGUGUACCUGGUAUGAAAAAGGAGAGCUUCAUGACAACAUUAUCUAUAUUCAGAAGCAUCAAAUGUUCAAAAGACGUGGUCGAUGCAAAUAAGACCAAGACUGUACAUGCUAUAUGUGAUCUUGGUAUUCUUAUUGCAAAGAGGUUAUGUCCGGACCAGAUAAAUGUAUCAGAAAAUCAGACGGUUCCAUUGCCUGCACAACUUUAUGCAACAGUUCAGAAUGACCAAAAUGAAAACCCUGUGGAGAAUGAUGAACAGAAGUGGUUGGGAUGUGAGACUGUACUGUCCCAUUUCGAGGCUCUUAUGACAGCAAAUGUUGCUGAGGUUCAAUCUCCCGAAGAUAAGAUGCUCAUAGAUGAGACUGAUGAAUUUGGUAAUGAGAUCCCUCUAGGGAAAAUUGUCCAAAUUCUUAAAUCCCGAGGAGCAAAAAAGACAGGGGGGAAACAGAAGGCAGCAUCUGUUCCAGUAAAUACUGGAAAAGAUGAUGAUGUCUUGGGUUUGUUAAGAGAAAUAAACUUAGAUAACCAGGACAAUUUGGGGGAGUCGGUGAAGAGCAAACCAAAGAAGCCGCAGAUGGAUAUGAAAGAGAGCAACGAGAAGCCAGUAGAUUUUUCGGCACCAAAACGCAAAAGAUCAGUUUCUAAGAGUAGACCACAUUCAGGAAAAGGCAGUAAAGACGGUGACGAGCUUUUAGUGCAUUCUGCUAGCAAAGGAAAACCCAGUGAUUCCUUAGAAAACAAGUUGAAGGAGAAAAGAAGAGCUGACUCAAAUGAUAAAGACUUGGUAGCAUCACCUACCAGUACCAAAACCCCUGUAUCCAAAGGGAAAAAGGAUGCUAAGUCCCAUACUGAAGUCUCGCGUAGCAGUGCAAAGAAGUAUGCUGAUGAGGACAAUACUAUGAGAGCUGCUGAACUGGCUAGUCUAAAUGGGUCCUUCAAAAGACAGAAGCCAAGACUGGUUUCUGGUUUAGCGAAGUGUUCAACGCAUGACUCAAGCAGUAAAGACUUGGUAGGACGUAGAAUAAAAGUUUGGUGGCCUUUGGAUAAGGAAUUUUAUCCAGGUGUCGUGAAAUCUUAUGAUUCAGCAAAGACGCUACACACAGUCUUAUAUGAUGACGGAGAUAUGGAGCAGCUUAACAUGGCUAAAGAAAAGUGGAAAAUGAUUGAAAGUAAUGGUUCACCAAUGAAGCAGCAAAAGAAGGAUCAUGCAGGUUCAAAUCAAGGACGAGCACAAGAGACGAAAUCUACCAGCAGCACGAAAGUUCCAGCUAACCAACAUAAGUCAAUAAAGACAGCACAGGAGACGAAAUCUACCAGCAGCACGAAAGUUCCAGCUAACCAACAUAAGUCAGUAAAGACAGCACAGGAGAUGAAAUCUACCAGCAGCACGAAAGUUCCAGCUAACCAACAUAAGUCAAUAAAGACGCCCUCACCUCUAAAGAGGAAAGGAAAACCAAAAGCGCCGCCGGAAAACAAGCGUAGAAAGACAUCAGGAGGUAGCAAGUCCAUCGAAGCUACCAGCGAAGCUGGCGUUAAUGAUUCAGAUUCAGCCAGUUCUCUCGCUCAUUCAGAUUCUGACAAAGAUGUAAAAUCAGCUUGUGACUGUUUUAUUACCAAAGAUGGCGAGAAGGAUAAAGAGGUAGCAGUUGGCUCAGCUGGGAAAGAAAAAACAGGAAAAACAGAGAAAGAGUCUGCAGAAGAUAUGGAGCUGGAAGAGAAAAAACCUGACGGCGACAGUUUGAGCUGCAAGGAGGAAUCUGACGAUGAAACUCUUAGUGUCUGGAAAAAGCGCGCGUCGCAAGCAACAUAG